UUUCACUUGCCAUUUAAACUUUGAACAGUCACUAAAUGAACUGUUGUAAGUCGAGGACUACCUGUAUUUACCCAAAACUAACAUCAAAGUCAAAAUGGCCCCUAUUCUUCAGACAAGUUCUGAGAUUGUCUCCCCUCUUGCAGUUUAUAUUGGGGUCAGAGCACUAUGGCAUUCCUGACGCUUUCCUUCUUUCAUACCAGCUUGCCCUUUUCCCUCCCAGCCUAUGUUUAAACAAUCUUGGGUUGCAUUCUGGAAAGGUUCCUGCUUAAUCUGACAUUGAACCAUGAUGUGUAAACUUUAUCUUCCUCAUCGCCAUGGUCCUUAUAAAGGAAGUGUAUUUAUGUGACCCGACCAGUUUGCCCAGUCAUUGGUAAAUUUCAGGGGUGGAGUGAGAAGGGAGGGAAAAGCUUGCAAUUUAGAGUGGGAAAGACAAGCCAUUGGCUGUUUCUCAACCAAUCACCGUCCUCCAAAUAUUUCCCAUCAACAUUAAUAGGACAAUAUCUCUCCCCAGGUGGCUGCAAUAGCAACAGCCUAUCAAAGAAUUUAGCUAGCCCAGGAUACUAUAUAUCCCUUAUUAUGCUAAAUUAUGCUAAAGAUCCCCCAUACAUUCCUUAAGAACACACGCUGCUUUUUCAAUUAAACUCAAGAAGUUUACAGAGCAAUAUUCUAACUCAAUUUUCCUCGACCUUUAAAAAAAAUCAUACAUCCCAGCCAGAGGCAGCAUUCAAAAACAGCUUGGCUGGGAAUGAUGGAAUUAUAGAAAAAACAGUCUGCUGUUGCCUAUCCCUCAAAUCAGAUUAAAGCGUGUUUUUAUUUUCUCUAACCUCAACACGGAAGAAUGGAAGACUUAACUGGACAGAGGACAGGUUCUCCUGCUUGAGCAGGAUGGGCUGGACUAGAAGACCUCCCGGGUCCCUUCCGGCUCUAUUCUUGUUCUAAUUCUGGACAAGGGCAGGGGAUUGGCGGGGGGGGGCAGUGGAUCACAAUGGAUCGUUUGUCCGUCCCGCUCAGCGUGGACAAUCCUCUCGCCGAUUGAGUAAGUUGCCGCGUUCGCCUGAGGGUUUCCCGGAACGAAGGAGCGCGUUACGCAAGGUUAAAGAGUAAGAGAAUGCGCUGCGCCCUCCUCCGUCCCCGGUUCUUCUCCCAACUCUCCGCCUCUACGGCCGGCUUCCACCUGACUCUGCGAAGCGCAGCCACCGCGAUCCCAGGCGGGAAAGGUCCCUCGCUGGGUUCCCGGAGGAGAAGGGCUCGCCAAGAACCGGGAGUUCUCCAGGAUGACUCGUCCCUGGGAGGAACGCGGCCAGAUGGCCGCAAGCUACCUUCCGCCUUCCCGGGGAGUCCCCGGCAGCAGGGAGGAGGGGAGAGCGGCGCCUUCGCGAUCGCUGGAUCCGGCCCGCCGAGGCUUCCCCGGAGGCGUCGCCUUCCCACCCCACCCAGCGCUUUGCACUCCUCCCCUGCCUUCCAAUUGGCAAGUCCCGCAGCCGGCCUCCUCAACGCUAUAUAUGCCUCGUUCCGCCGCGCUAUGGGGACCUGAGCGGAGAGAGAGCAGCAUCCUCAUCCCGCCGGGCUCCAGACCUUGCUUGGCGUUGCGCGAGGGGAGACAGAUUCCCCACAUCCGACGCCACUUGACUCCAGAAAAAAAAAGUUUCUUUCUGGUUGCCAGGGAUCCCGACUGCCAGGGCUUUCUAGAUCGCGUCCCUUCUAGGUUCCCUCUUCGUAGCUCUUCUCCGCCUUCCUCCCGCGCCUGACUUUUCAGGAUAUAGCCUUCCCUCAGCUGAAGGUUCGCCUGCGUUUGAAGCAUCCUUCCAUCCAGUAUCAGAAUCAUGAGUUCCCCUUUGAAGCGAGCCCCGCUGCUCAGCUCUCUCCUAAAGCUGCGAGGUCCUGGGAGCGCGGCUGCUUUGCAGCAGCAGCAACAGGUGCCCACUUCGUCCGCGUGCGCCUUAGAGCCCAAGACGCAAGUGCCUCCUUCUUGCCCCAUGCACGCUCCCCAUUCACUUUCUGCCCUUCCCGGUCCGGUCAAAUGGCCUCUGAUGGGCAGCCUCUUAGACAUCCUCUGGAAAGGGGGCCUCAAGAAACAACACCAGACGCUGGCUGAGUACCACCAGCGGUUUGGCAAAAUCUUCCGCAUGAAACUUGGGAGUUUUGACUCGGUUCAUAUAAGCGCACCCUGUCUGCUAGAGUCUCUCUACAGAAAAGAGGGUGCUUAUCCUCAGCGCCUGGAGAUUAAGCCCUGGAAAGCCUAUCGAGACUACCGUAAAGAGGGCUAUGGGCUACUUAUUCUAGAAGGGAAGGACUGGCAGAGAGUAAGAAGUGCAUUUCAGAAGAAAUUAAUGAAACCCUUGGAAAUUGUGAAGUUGGACAUUAAAAUCAAUGAGGUCCUAGCUGAUUUUAUGCAUCAGAUAGACACACUCUGUAACAAGAAUGGAGAAAUAGAAGAUUUAUAUUCUACGCUGAACAAGUGGUCAUUUGAAAGUAUUUGCUUGGUGCUAUAUGGGAAAAGGUUUGGACUUCUGAAGCAAGACGUAGAGGAGGAAAGUUUGAACUUUAUCAAGGCUGUAAAAACGAUGAUGAGCACUUUUGGGAAGAUGAUGGUGACACCAGUUGAACUCCAUAGAAGUCUAAAUACGAAAGUUUGGCAAGCUCAUACAAAUGCAUGGGACAAUAUAUUUAAGACAGUGAAAUGCUCCAUUGACAGUAGGCUGAAAAAAUACUCCGCAAAUCCCUCUGAAGAUUUCCUCUGUGAUAUCUACUUUGGGAGUCAGCUUUCAAAGAAAGAACUCUACGCUGCUAUUUCAGAGCUUCAGAUUGCUGGGGUUGAAACGACUGCCAACAGUUUACUUUGGGCUCUGCACAACAUCUCCUGCAAGCCAGAUGUCCAAGCAAAGCUGUUUGAGGAGAUACAGAACGUGGUUUCACCUGGAGAAGACCCAAAUUGCGAACACCUGAAAAAAAUGCCCUAUUUGAAGGCAUGCCUGAAGGAGUCAAUGAGGUUAACACCUUCUGUGCCGUUUACCACUCGAACCCUUGACAAAGAAACAGUCCUUGGGGAUUAUGCUCUUCCAAAAGGGACUGUGUUGAUGAUCAACACUUACGCUUUGGGAUGCAAUGAAGAAUAUUUCAGUAACUGGAGUGAAUUUCAGCCAGAGCGUUGGUUGCAAAAAAACAUCCAUCCAUUUUCUCAUGCGCCGUUUGGAAUUGGAAAAAGAAUGUGUGUGGGGCGUCGACUGGCAGAGCUGCAACUCCAGCUAGCUCUCUGUUGGCUUAUACGGAAGUAUCAGAUUGUAGCUACUGACGACAAGCCGGUAGAAGCUCUUCACUUAGGAAUCCUCAUCCCCAACCGAGAACUUCCUAUUGCAUUCAAACGACGCCAAGAUUCUACCGGAGGAACAGCUGACAUUUUUGUUAGACAGAAUUCUUGAAUUUUGGAUUCCCAGAUCCUGCUAGAGUCUACUUAUAUUUUGAGCAAUGGGUGUUAACAGCAAGGACAGAACAGCAGGAAUCCAAAGCUAGCUUGAAAGCAAAUCAGUCAAGCUAUGUUGAGCACACCUAAGCAGUCACUUCACAUUAGUGUAAAAGGUAUACCAAAGGUUCCAAAGGUAUACAGUGGAAGAAUGACAGAAUUACAAACUUGGUAGUUUCUUUACUCCUAAUCUUGGGAUGAAAGAAAGGUCCAUUCUUUUGCACCUGCUGCUGUGAAAUGUACAGUUCUCAACCCAUGCUGUUAAUGUUUGUAGGAAAGCAAUAAUCAUGAAGUGAUGGAGUGACUUGAGUCUGUGAGUUCACUCUUGACGUCAGGAUGGAAACUCUGGAGGAGAAAUUUUGUUUUGCCUGUCUCCAAGUCCUGAUGGAACUUUAAAUGAAGACCUUUGUCUGCAAGAGGGUGAACGUGAUUGCAAAGGGACAGAAAGUAUCCUAGGGGGUGGACUGUGUUAGAUGCCCGUAAGGGAAAGAAUGGUAAUAAUAGAAGUACUAAUAGAGGAGGAGAGCUGUGUUAAGUCUACGGUGGCAAGAAAUCUGGAAUGAAUGCAGGGUUUGUAGAAAUGCUGAAGGGCUGUAUUUGAAAAAAAAAAAACAAAGUAAGUCUGGUUGUCUCUGAUGUUGCAUUGUUACAACUACUGACGCUUUGAGCAAACUCAGCAACUAUAUAUGGAGAAAUAUCAUGCAUACAAACACACACACACACACACUCACCCAGAGACUUUCAGGCAGACAGAACAAUGAGUCACAUUACAGAAUGCAGACCACCCAAAUUGUUAUGAGCCCUUCAAGGUGAUGUGUACUUUGGAGACCAGAACAAAUAACUUAUGCUCGGAGGCAGUGAGCUGUACACUCGAUGACUCCAUCUAUGAGGUGAAUAAGAUCAUACAAGCAGACCAGUACAAUUUAUUCCCAUCCAAAUCAAAGCCAGCUCCUAAAUUAUUUCUAGCAGUCCAACAACUUUUCCUUUUGCUAACUGAAGAACUGAGGCCAUCAUUACGUAUACUGAUGCAACUUAAAAUGGCAGAUAUUAUGGGGAGCAAUGGCAAGUCUAGGUAUUCCAUUCUCUCCAAUAUAGACACUCAUAUAAUCUGUCCACCACCUUUUAAGCUGUUUAUCAGCUUUCAUGUGUGGAUGGUAGGAGAGGGAGAUGGGGUGCUAUCUUUUCUUUUGCCACAAAACAACAGUAUACUUUAGGUUCGUCAGAUAUGAUGAUCGUGAUCUUUUAACUGCCUUUAAAACAAGAGUAAACAAAUUCUUUGGGACAAUGUUGUAAGAGUUCCAUGCAGGUUCUUGAUCUCAGAACUGAGAGUAAUUAGAUGUGAUUCAUUUUUGAACACGACUUCCAUGUCUGAGCUACCACGGUUGGAAAGAGGAUGCUAGUCUGUUAGACAAUCAGUCUGGUCCAGCAAGGUUCCACUUAAGUUUCCAAAGUCACACUGAUAUGUCACAAUUUAAGCAGAAUGGAACAUCUGCCUUACAACAUUCCAUAGAAUACAAGGAUAAUAGUUCCCAGGUAUUUUAUUGUACUCCUUUUGAUACAGUUUCCUUCUUAUUUUGUUUUUACGUGUUUAUAAUUGUAUUUGUUUUUUUAAAAAAGUAAAUGUGUUUUUUAAGACCUCUCUAUUUUGAAGAUUGUUCAGAGCUUAUUUUUUCUUUGUUUUUUAAAAAUAAAUUUCAACAUCCAUUUCAUUGUUGAUAUUUAAGCCCUCUGUUCUGAGAAUUUUGUAAUAAAAAGAAUUUGUG